GUUAUAAUAAGUGGCUACAACUUGUGGACAAUAUUACAAUUCUCUUCACCCUUACAUUACUUGUAUAAAAUUAAAAACUUCUCUACCGAAAUCCAUACAAAUAUCGAAUUGAAGAGAGAAAUUAAAGAAUUUUAGAAUAGCAAUGUCGAAAAAGGGUUGUGAAUUGUGCAGCAAUCCAGCGAGAAUGUUCUGUGAAUCGGAUCAAGCUAGCCUUUGUUGGGAUUGUGAUGAGAAGGUGCACGGUGCAAAUUUUCUGGUUGCUAAGCACACUAGGAGUCUUCUCUGCCACGUCUGCCAAUCUCCGACGCCGUGGAAAGCUGCCGGUACGAAGCUGGGGCCGACGGUGUCCAUUUGCCAUACUUGUGCAGAAAACCAAGUGACGACUCAGAGAGGUGAAGAUGGUGAUUCUCAAGAAAGUGAAACAGAUGAUGGGGAGUACUAUAGUGAUAGUGAUGAUUAUGUGGACGCAGAGGAAGAAGAAGAGGAGGACGGCGAGAAUCAGGUGGUGCCAUGGUCAAAUUCUAGUUAUACGCCACCGUCUCCGCAUCCGCCGCCGCUACAUGUAGCGAGCUCUUCUAGUAGCGACGCCGACAAUAUUUCUUUUACCUCAUUGAAAAGAAUGCGAGACAGCCCUUUUGAUUCCGAGGAUGAAGAUGCGUGCUGUUCCUUGGAGUACAAAUUUACUGCAUCAAAUUUAUCAUCAGGCCAUUGUUUUCAAGAAUCUGAGAUUGUGGGUUCGUCCACAUCGAACCUUUUUAGACCAUUGAAGUUGCAGAGGGCGGGAGAAGAGGCUCCGAUCGAGUCCAGGACGGCGGCGAUCGUGGCUUCACUCAGAAAAUUCCAGCGAGAAAUUGUUUCUGGGGAAGAAGAUGCAUCUGCAAUUAUUCUAGGCAUUAGCAAACUCACCAGAGAUUCUUAAACCCUGUGUGAAGAUUGUUGAAACUGUUUCCAAUGCUAAUUCAAACCGACAAAUUUCACUGUUAAUUGGGCUAAUUUGUUAAUUUCUAGUUGAUGAACAGAGUUAAUAUUUUACGCCAUUGUUGCUACACCGUUGGUAUCAUUUCUCCCAAUUUUCCCUUUCCCAAUAUUUAAUAAUCCAAAAAACUUUGUUGUUUCUUGUAUUGAUUGUACAAUUCCUAUUCUUCUUUAUUCCACUUCAACCAUGUUUGCCAUUUUAGUUAUUGCUUGUUAUGCCAUGCUAUUACUGUAUCAAGAUAAUGAAAAAAGUUCAGUUUUUGUU